CAUGAUCACCAGCCUGGAUCGCACCCAUGCCGGCUUCUACCGCUGCAUCGUGCGUAACCGGAUGGGCGCCCUGCUGCAGCGGCAAACCGAGGUCCAGGUGGCCUACAUGGGGAGCUUCGAGGAGGGCGAGAAGCACCAGAGCGUGUCCCACGGAGAGGCAGCGGUCAUCCGAGCCCCACGCAUCGCCAGCUUCCCCCGCCCGCAGGUGACGUGGUUCCGGGAAGGCCGCAAGAUCCCACCCAGCAGCCGCAUAGCCAUCACGCUGGAGAACCCCCUUGUCAUCCUGUCAACGGUGGCUCCCGACGCAGGCCGCUACUACGUGCAGGCUGUUAAUGACAAGAACGGCGAUAACAAGACCAGCCAGCCCAUCACUCUCGCCGUGGAGAAUGUAGGGGGCCCUGCAGACCCCAUCGCACCAACCAUCAUCAUCCCCCCCAAGAACACCAGCGUGGUGGCCGGGACCUCCGAGGUGACCAUGGAGUGUGUGGCCAACGCCAGGCCUCUGAUCAAGCUGCACAUUGUUUGGAAGAAGGACGGGGCGCUGGUGUCAGGUGGCAUGAGCGACUUCAACCGCAGGCUCACCAUUCCCAACCCCACGAGCAGCGACGCCGGCUACUACGAGUGCGAGGCCGUCCUGCGCAGCAGCAGCGUGGCCCCCGUGGUCCGGGGAGCCUACCUCUCUGUGCUGGAGCCACCUCAGUUUGUCAAAGAGCCGGAGCGACACAUCACAGCCGAGAUGGAGAAAGUGGUGGACAUCCCCUGUCGGGCCAAAGGUGUGCCACCACCCUCCAUCACAUGGUACAAGGACGCGGCCGUGGUGGAGGUGGAGAAGCUGACCCGCUUCCGGCAGCGUGGUGACGGGGGCCUGCAGAUCAGCGGCCUGGUACCCGACGACACCGGCAUGUUCCAGUGCUUCGCCCGCAACACGGCCGGCGAGGUGCAGACCUCCACCUACCUGGCCGUCACCAGCAUCGCCCCCAACAUCACCAGGGGCCCCCUGGACAGCACAGUGAUCGACGGCAUGUCAGUGGUGCUGGUGUGCGAGACCUCGGGGGCGCCCCGGCCGGCCAUCACUUGGCAGAAAGGGGAGCGGAUCCUGGCCAGCGGCUCUGUCCAGCUUCCACGCUUCACGCUCCUGGAGUCGGGCAGCCUGCUCGUCAGCCCCACGCACAUCUCCGACGCCGGGACCUACACCUGCCUGGCCACCAACUCGAGGGGCGUCGACGAGGCCUCGGCAGACCUGGUCGUGUGGGCCCGGACCCGCAUCACCAGGCCCCCCCAGGACCAGAAUGUCAUCAAGGGCACCCAGGCCUCCAUGGUGUGCGGAGCGACCCACGACCCCCGCGUGACUGUCAGGUAUGUCUGGGAGAAGGACGGGGCCACCCUGGGCGUGGACAGCAACCCCCGCAUCCGCCUGGACAAGAACGGCUCCCUGCACAUCUCACAGACGUGGUCGGGGGACAUCGGCACGUACACCUGCCGGGUGCUCUCUGCUGGAGGCAAUGACUCCCGCAGUGCCCACCUGCGGGUCAGGCAACUGCCCCACGCCCCCGAGCACCCCGUGGCGACCCUCAGCACCACAGAGAGGCGGGCCAUCAACCUGACGUGGGCCAAGCCCUUCGACGGCAACAGUCCGCUCAUCCGCUACAUCCUGGAGAUGUCAGAGAACAAUGCCCCCUGGACCGUGCUCCUGGCCAGCGUGGACCCUGAAGCUACCUCGGUGAUGGUCAAGGGCUUGGUCCCCGCACGCUCCUACCAGUUCCGUCUCUGUGCCGUCAACGACGUGGGGAAGGGCCAGUUCAGCAAGGACACGGAGAGGGUCUCCCUCCCGGAGGAGCCACCCACAGCCCCGCCACAGAAUGUCAUCGCCAGCGGGCGCACCAACCAGUCCAUCAUGAUCCAGUGGCAGCCGCCCCCCGAGAGCCACCAGAACGGCCUCCUCAAGGGCUACAUCAUCAGGUACUGCCUGGCCGGGCUGCCGGUCGGGUACCAGUUUAAGAACAUCACAGACGCGGACGUCAACAACCUGCUCCUGGAGGACCUCAUCAUCUGGACCAACUACGAGAUCGAGGUGGCCGCCUACAACGGCGCCGGGCUGGGCGUCUACAGCAGCAAAGUCACCGAGUGGACGCUGCAGGGAGUUCCCACGGUCCCUCCGGGCAACGUGCACGCGGAAGCCACCAAUUCCACGACCAUCCGCUUCACCUGGAACGCACCCAGCCCCCAGUUCAUCAAUGGCAUCAACCAGGGCUACAAGCUGAUCGCCUGGGAGCCGGAGCUGGAAGAGGAAGUUACAAUGGUGACCGCCCGGCCCAACUUUCAAGACAGCGUCCACGUGGGCUUCGUGUCUGGCCUGAAGAAGUUCACGGAGUACUUCACCUCGGUGCUGUGUUUCACCACCCCUGGGGAUGGGCCACGCAGCACCCCCCAGCUGGUGCGCACCCACGAGGAUGUGCCCGGUCCUGUGGGACACUUGAGCUUCAAUGAUAUCCUGGACACCUCACUGAAGGUCAGCUGGCAAGAGCCGGGCGAGAAGAACGGCAUCCUCACAGGGUACCGCAUCUCCUGGGAGGAGUACAACCGGACCAACACCCGUGUGACUCACUACCUCCCCAACGUGACCCUGGAGUACCGCGUGACGGGCCUCACCGCGCUCACCACCUACACCAUCGAGGUGGCCGCCAUGACCUCCAAGGGCCAGGGCCAGGUGUCCGCCUCGACCAUCUCGUCGGGGGUGCCUCCAGAACUCCCAGGGGCGCCCACCAACCUGGGUAUCUCCAACAUCGGCCCCCGCUCCGUGACCUUGCAGUUCAGGCCGGGCUACGAUGGGAAGACCUCCAUCUCCCGCUGGCUGGUGGAGGCGCAGGUGGGCGUGAUUGGGGAAGGAGAGGAGUGGCUGCUGAUUCACCAGCUGGCCAACGAGCCUGAUGCCCGCUCCAUGGAGGUGCCCGACCUCAACCCCUUCACCUACUACAGCUUCCGCAUGCGCCAGGUGAACAUCGUAGGCACCAGCCCACCCAGCCAGCCUUCAAGAAAGAUCCAGACCCUCCAGGCGCCCCCUGACAUGGCCCCGGCCAACGUGACCCUGCGCACAGCCAGUGAGACCAGCCUGUGGCUCCGCUGGAUGCCUCUCCCGGAGAUGGAGUACAACGGGAACCCCGAGUCAGUGGGCUACAAGAUCAAGUACAGCCGGUCGGAUGGCCACGGCAAGACGCUGAGCCACGUGGUCCAGGACCGCGUGGAGCGGGAGUACACCAUCGAGGACCUGGAGGAGUGGACGGAGUACCGCGUCCAGGUGCAAGCCUUCAACGCCAUCGGGAGCGGGCCGUGGAGUCAGACCGUGGUGGGCCGGACCCGGGAGUCAGUCCCGUCCUCCGGCCCCGCCAACGUGUCGGCGCUGGCCACCACCUCCAGCAGCAUGCUGGUGCGCUGGAGCGAGGUCCCCGAGGCAGAUCACAACGGGCUGGUGCUGGGCUAUAAGGUGAUGUACAGGGAGAAGGACUCGGACUCCCAGCCCCGGUUCUGGCUGGUGGAGGGCAACUCCUCUCGCAGUGCGCAGCUCACGGGCCUGGGCAAGUACGUGCUCUACGAGGUCCAGGUGCUGGCCUUCACGCGCAUCGGGGACGGCAGCCCCAGUCACCCUCCCAUCCUGGAGCGGACGCUGGACGACGUCCCAGGGCCGCCCAUGGGCAUCCUGUUCCCAGAGGUGAGGACCACGUCCGUGCGGCUGAUCUGGCAGCCCCCCGCUGCCCCCAACGGCAUCAUUCUUGCGUACCAGAUUACACACCGACUCAACACCACCACGGCCAGCACCGCCUCGGUGGGGGCCCCCCCCGCCCCCCGCCAGUACACGGCCACCGGCCUCAAGCCUGAGUCCGUCUACCUGUUCCGCAUCACAGCCCAGACCCGCAAGGGCUGGGGAGAGGCCGCUGAGGCAUUGGUGGUGACAACUGAGAAGAGAGCCCGCCCGCAGCCCCCCAGCAAGCCGGUGGUGCAGCAGGAGGACGUGCGGGCACGCAGCGUGCUGCUGUCCUGGGAGCCGGGCAGCGACGGGCUGUCCCCGGUGCGCUACUACACGGUCCAGACCCGCGAGCUGCCCAGCGCCCCCGGGAGCCACAACGCCACCACCUUCACUGUGGACAGGCUCAAGCCCUUCACGUCCUACAAGUUCCGAGUGAAGGCGACCAAUGACAUUGGGGACAGCGAGUUCAGCGAGGAGUCCGAAUCACUGACCACCCUGCAGGCCGCCCCCGACGACGCUCCCAUCAUCCUCUCGGUGACACCCCACACCACCACCUCCGUGCUGAUCCGGUGGCAGCCACCGGCCGAGGACAAGAUCAACGGCAUCCUGCUGGGCUUCCGGAUCCGGUACCGAGAGCUGCUGUACGAGGGGCUGCGGGGCUUCACUCUCAGAGGCAUCAACAACCCUGGGGCCAAGUGGGCGGAGCUUACCUCCAUGUACUCCAUACGGAACCUGAGCCGGCCCAGCCUCACGCAGUACGAGCUGGACAACCUGAACAAGCACAGGCGCUAUGAGAUUCGGAUGAGCGUGUACAACGCGGUGGGCGAGGGACCCUCCAGCCCGCCGCAGGAGGUCUUCGUCGGGGAGGCAGUGCCAACAGCAGCACCCCGAAACGUGGCUGUCCACGGUGCCACGGCCACGCAGCUCGAUGUGACGUGGGAGCCACCCCCGCUGGACAGCCAGAAUGGAGACAUUCAGGGCUAUAAGAUUUACUUCUGGGAAGCCCAGAGGCGGAACCUCACAGAGCGAGUGAAGACGCUAUUCCUGGCCGAGAACGGCGUGAAGCUCAAGAACCUGACCGGCUACACUGCCUACAUGGUCAGCGUGGCAGCCUUCAAUGCUGCCGGGGACGGGCCGCGGAGCCCCCCCACCCGGGGCCAGACCCAGCAAGCAGCCCCCAGCGCUCCCGGCUCGGUCAAGUUCAGCGAGCUGACCACCACCUCGGUGAACGUGUCCUGGGAAGCCCCGCAGUUCCCCAACGGCGUCCUGGAGGGCUACCGGCUAGUGUAUGAGCCCUGCACCCCUGUGGACGGCGUCAGCAAGAUCGUGACGGUGGACGUGAAGGGGAACAGCCCACUGUGGCUGAAGGUGAAGGACUUGGCGGAGGGCAUGACCUACAGGUUCCGCAUCAGAGCCAAGACCUUCGCCUACGGGCCGGAGAUCGAAGCCAACGUCACCACGGGCCCCGGGGAAGGUGCCCCCGGACCGCCAGGCGUGCCCAUCAUCGUGCGGUACAGCUCGGCCAUCGCCAUCCACUGGUCCAGCGGAGACCCCGGCAAAGGGCCCAUCACCCGUUAUGUCAUCGAGGCCAGGCCUUCAGACGAGGGGCUGUGGGACAUCCUUAUCAAAGACAUCCCCAAGGAGGUGAGCUCCUACACAUUCAGCAUGGACAUCCUGAAGCCGGGCGUGAGCUACGACUUCCGGGUCAUCGCCGUCAACGACUACGGCUUCGGCACCCCCAGCAGCCCUUCCCAGUCUGUGCCAGCCCAGAAGACCAAUCCCUUCUAUGAAGAGUGGUGGUUCCUGGUGGUCAUCGCCCUCGUGGGCCUCAUCUUCAUCCUGCUUCUGGUCUUCGUGCUCAUCAUCCGAGGCCAGAGCAAGAAGUACGCCAAGAAAUCGGAUUCGGGGAGCAAUGCCAAGUCUGGAGCCCUCGGCCACGGGGAGAUGAUGAGCUUGGACGAGAGCAGCUUCCCUGCCCUGGAACUCAACAACCGGCGUCUCUCUGUCAAGAACUCCUUCUGCCGGAAGAAUGGCCUGUACACCAGGUCGCCUCCACGGCCCAGCCCAGGCAGCCUGCACUACUCCGACGAGGAUGUCACCAAGUACAACGACCUCAUCCCAGCAGAGAGCAGCAGCCUGACCGAGAAGCCCUCGGAAAUCUCCGACUCUCAGGGAAGCGACAGCGAGUACGAGGUCGACUCGAACCACCAGAAGGCUCACUCCUUUGUCAACCACUACAUCAGCGAUCCCACCUAUUACAAUUCGUGGCGGCGACAGCAGAAGGGCAUCUCUCGGGCACAGGCCUACGGCUACACGGAGAGUGACUCGGGAGAGCCGGACCACGCCAUCAGCAACAGCAACAGCGCCCAGCCUGGCAGCCUCUUUCGGCCCAAGGCCAGUCGGACUCCAACGCCCCAAAACCCCCCGAACCCCUCGAGUCAGCAGAGCACCCUCUACCGUCCUCCCAGCAGCCUCGCGCCCAGCUCCAGGGCUCCCAUAGCAGGAUUUUCAUCUUUUGUUUGACGUUGGAAGAGGAAAAAGAAAGAAAAAUGGCACCAAACUCCUCCUUCACCCCUCCCCACAUCGCCUGCCAGAAAACAGAAACACCAAGAAACCAAGUCAACUUUUCACCUCCCAAGUUUAUUUGUCCAGAGAUUCCAAGGCCAGAAAGCCGGUGUUGAGAAAGAGAAGACCGUGUUGGUCAGCCUUGAGACCGUGGGGUUUGCUGCUCCCUGGGGAAUGCAGAGGCUGGGACAGUGGUGUUCCAGUGCUGCAAUGGAUGCCAAGGGGGUCGGCCCCGGAGGUGGGGCACCUAGGACAGGAGGCAUAGCCGGGGACCGCGAAGCCUCUGGCCGUCCAGCCCACUGCCUGCUUCCGGCACAUGCUGGAUCCUUGGGCCCACGCCCGCUGCUCCUUUGCAAAAGGACGGGUUUCCAGGAGGCGAAACUCCCUUCUCUCUCUGCGCCUUGUCCUCCCUACCAUGCCAGGAGGUGUGACAUGACCUUGCCCAAACCUGGCCCUGCCUCAGUGUCCACUGCCCAUCGCCCUUACUCAACUUCUCCACCAAGCAUUUGGCUUAUUUAGAAAAAGGAAAAAAGAGAGAAACUAGAAGGUGAGACUUUGCUUAGCUUCUUCCUUGUCCCCACAUGCGUUGUGAUCGUGGAUCUGAGGAAGAGAGUUCCGAGGAGAGGUCUAGGAGAGGGGUCCCCCCACCCCCUGAGCCCGGCAUCCCUUUGCUUCAGUUCACUUUCCUGAGCCUGGGAGUGGGGCAGAGGCGUGAGGUGGCCGGCUCAGGCUCUGUGGGUGAUCUGCAAUGGGAGAAGCAGCUUUGACGCCUCUUCCUUCCAGUCCAGGCCCCAACUGCCCAUGCUCACCAAGGCGGCAGGAAACGGAAGCUGCUACAUCAAGGAAGUGCAGCUUGUCUAGGCUGGAGGGCUAGGUGGAAGUGAGGGGUCAUCUCUCGGGCAGAUACCUUCCUCCUAACACACACACACAUACACACAGACGUGCACGGACACACAGACACACACACGGACACACGGACACACGUCUUCUCCUAUGCACAUGCAAGGAGGAGCAUCUAAGAUCCUCUCCAAGAAAGCCCCUUUGGGUCCUCCCAGGAAACAGCACAUUGGCUUUCAGACCUGUGCCCCUGUCCCUCCACAGUCCCCGGGAACCGAGAGGGAAGGUGGCCACAUCGCCGGGCCAGAGGCCAGAGCACCCAAACUUUUCCCAGUCUGCUCGGCCACAGUUUCAGAGUCGAAGAACACCCCGACCCCCAGUGACAUCUUCCAGGGAGGGAGGCGUGGCCAGUCAGGACGCCCAGUCCAGAGUGGCCACAGCUCAGAGAUGCCUGCCAGACCCUCCAGGAAAGGGGAGGUCUGCUGGAACCCAGGCCCAGAAUAGCUGAGGGAGGAAAAGCGUCUCCACACGUGCGAUCUGCUCCAGGGAAUGCUCUCUAAAAAGCCGCUCUGGCGGCCUGGACCUUCCCAUCAGCUGGAGGCUUUCACAGGCCAGAGUUUGGGAGGGGCCCUUGCUGGCUCCCUGGGUUGUGGAGGCCCCUGGGUGACCCCAGGCAGCCCUACAAUCAGCCCGGCCCCACCCCCACUGCCUGGGAUGGUUGACUGCCUCUCUGGGAGAGGAGUGGACCCAGCGGGGACUCCUGCCUUAGGGGGGCCCCUUAGUGAGACCCACUGGUGCGCCCAGCACAGGCCUGGCUGGCCAAGAGGAGGGUUGGAGAAGGCCACAUCAAAGGGUUGGGAACCAAGCCAAGGGAAGAGAGGGCCUGCACCCCUCCCCACCAGCCCCCCAGUCAGCUACUAUGCCUGUGGUGGGGCUGAGAAAAGGGGACACCCAGCCCCAGGCUCCUCAGGACACACUUGACCCCAGUGAGGCGCACAGGGGUGUUGGCAGCCAGUUCAGUGGGCAGGCGGGCCCGGCUCCAUGUCCCCCCCCUACCCCGUGGUUCUCUGCCCACGGGGAAACUUCCCCCCAAAGGCAGACAAAGUGCUGAGCUUUGGGUCCUAGGACUAAGGUGCUGGGGGCCUCUCACCGGGGACGCUGCCACCCCGCCCCACACGGGCGUCUCCAUAGCAGCACAUCUGCAGCUGCCCACGUGUGAGCUUGCAGUCGCACUGCCUUUGCGGUCCGCUCAUUUUUUUUUUUUUUU